CUCACGAUUUGCCCUACUACUGCCGCUGGGAAAGAUAACCGUGCGCAGUACUAUAUUAUCUACCGAGAAGAUGAAACUGUAAACACUGUGAAAACCGGCUACUGCUUUAAGUCUGCAAUCAUCCCCCGUUUUAGGAAAAAUUGUCAUUUAGGAGAAAUGGAGGGGAACCCAACAGGUGGCCCGGGGCUGAGUAAAAUUAAAGAGGAGUCGGGUUCGGCGAUGUCAGGGGAGACUGACAGGAGCCGUCCGUCCGGCCGGGAAGCGAGCUGCGGGACCGACGUCGCCCGAGCCCGCUGGACUCUCCUUAGACAGGUUCUGAAGAGUAAGCAGCUGGACAACGAGGAGGUCAAGCGGGUGUCCGUCCGCAGAUUCUCCUCCUUCAACCUGUUCUCCAGGACAAGGGUCGUGACCUCAGAAACGGACGAGCCCUCUGACGGGGACUGGGUCGAGUACAGAAGUGCCUCUUUCCCACAAUUUAGUGCCUUUCUCAGAGAUAACCUUGGACCCAUCCGAGUGGACGAGGUGCUCAACAGUUUCGACAACACCGGGAAUGUCUGUGUCUGGCCCUCAGAGGAGGUGAUGGCUCACUACUGCCUAAAGAGGCGUCACAUGUUCAGGGGUGCCACUGUGUGUGAGCUAGGCGGGGGCAUGACUUGUCUCGCAGGGCUCAUGCUGGCUGUUUCUGCUGACGUAAAGGAAGUCCUGCUAUCAGAUGGGAAUGAGAAGGCCAUUCAGAAUGUCCGCAGUGUCAUCGAGAGGAACAGGCGCGCCGGAGUCUUCGGGUCCGCCGCCGUGUCAAGCUGCGUUGUGAGAUGGGACGACGAGGCGGACGUCACGGCGCUGGAAGGACACUUCGACAUUGUGAUGUGUGCCGACUGCCUGUUCCUGGACCGAUACAGGGCUGGCCUGGUUGAUGCAAUAAGGAGAUUACUGCGACCCAACGGGACGGCCCUUGUCUUCGCCCCGCUCCGCGGGGAGACCCUGGCCGAGUUCUGCCGGCUGGCGGAGAGGGCGGGCUUCUCCGUCUGCAGAUACGAGAAUUACGACGAGCACAUUUGGAACCUUCAUUUAAAGAUGCAGAGCAGAGGGAAAGACCUGUACGAUGAGAACAUCCACUACCCUCUCCUGCUCACUUUGACCCUGGGCCCCAGCGCCACCCACCUGCUCUGAGCCCGGUGCCUCUACCCGGGAGAACGGGGCAUUCCCAAACUGGCCUCCCGACCCCACCCCGGCCCCGCCCUCCCAGCAGACUAGUGUCUGUGUCACUGUGCCCCUCUGGCUCCUCGCAGCAAUGACACCGGCGUUGCCAGGGUUUUCAAAAGCUCACGAGAAAAUACACACACAGUUUAUUUUUACUUUAUUUGCUGCGGGGGGGCGAGGAUGGGUGUUGCUCGAUUUUGUCACACUGAAGUUUUCAGUGUAAUCUCACCUCUCGCACCGAACCUCACACUCACACAGGUCGGGCUCACGGUCAAACAGCGGUCCACGUGUAAGGUGAGACCGCGACCGCUGACGGCGCGCCGCCCUCGACCGGGGUCUUUGCUCCGCGACCGUACGGGACCUCGUUACUGUGCAAUAAAAAUGUGCUAUGUGCUAUGAAACAGCAGAGAACCCGCGUCGCGUUCUCACCUGCGCGUGAGAACUCGAGGCUCGGGGUCCUCGUUGUUUAAAACGCCGUUUACGUCCUUUGCAUCACUGUGGGGUGAUCUCGCUGCUCCUGGACCGUGGGGGGGACCCCGCUGGGUUUCCUCCAAAACCCACAUGGAGUCCUCUCCGAAAAACACACACACACACACACACAUACUGAAGACCUUCUACACUGUUUUAACCCAAACGUGUUUACAACAACGACUUCACUUUCCACCAUUUGUUUCUGGAUGGAUGCAGAGAUCAUACAAAUCCUGUGCUUUUUUUUGCUUUAAUAGCAGCUUGUGCUGUGUACGACACGAGUAAUAAUUGAAAAAAAAAAACAAACUGUGUUAUCGUUUUACA